ACGGCAGCAUAGGAAGUAAAUAGGGGGUCAUCCAUAGUGUCCCAUGAAACUCUUGAACUUCACUAACUGCUGGCGUACGAUACUCAUCUAGAAGCAGCAUAAUCUGUAAAAUAAACCCGAAGAGAUUGUUCACUGGUUCGUGAUUGGGUCAUACCUGACCAGGCUUCCGAAGUUUCUCUAGUGCUUAUCAAACUUGUCAAAUUUUUGCAAAGAUUACGUGCCAAAUUUGCUUAUUUUCAAUUUGAGAAAUAAUGAAUUCUUCAACCUAAGGAAUGAACUAACCACCUAGUCCUAAACUGAAAAUUUGCACUAGACUGCGCAAAUCCGCAAAAUAAACGACUCCGGUUUUUUUUCCUUCUGUCAUGAACGACUCCAGUUUCCAAUUAUUUUCUCUGAAAACCUCCAAUCUCAAAAGUCAAAACCCAAAAAACAAAGACCUGCAAUGUCACGAAAAAAACAAAGCAGCAACCCGCAACAACCCUAGCCCCUCCAUCGCCCAUUCCUCUUCGGCUGUUGCUCCGUCAACGCCGCCGGCGCCUCUUCGAAUCUCCCUCGCCUGCGCUGCCGGCUCAUUUUCUGUUCUCUUACCUUCUGCGCCGCUCCUCUUCUGUUUCCCCUCCUCUGCUGCUCUGCCACCGGUCUGCUCCGCCUCCACAUCUGAGCUACUUUUCCGUCGGUUUUCUCUUCUCUGCUUUCUGGUGCUUCUUACUGCUGCUGAUUUUGAAUUUGGAGACACAGAUUUGAUCCUUCAAAGAAUCAUAGCGGUAUAGUGGCCAAAGAUUGGUACCGCCGCUAAAAGCGUCUUCGCAGGUAUCGACCGACGCCUUCUUUCACUCGCAGAUCGCAGUUAAGUUUCUGAAGCUUCAUUGUAUGCUGUGAUUAUUCAAAUGGUUUCUUUUGGAAGUUGUAGUAUUUAUAGAAGAACAGAGAAUCGUUUUCUUAUGUGUUCAAUUCUCAAAUUUCGUAGCAUAUAUGGUUCCUUUAAAUUCUUUCAUUCUAAACUUAACCGGGGUUCCAGUGCUUCAGAUAAAACCUCCAAACUGGAACCAAAUAGGAAUAAUCACAAUAGGGUAGGGAUUUUUUGGGACUUAGAUAACAAGCCACCAAACCCAAUUCCACCUUAUGAAGUUGCCAAUAAGCUUAGAAUUGUUGCAUCUUCAUUUGGGGUUGUUAGGCAUAUGGUAGCUUAUGCAAAUAGCCACACUUUCAGCAGUGUCCCACACGCUGUCCGGCAGAGGAGGAAAGAGAAGGAGCUGUAUAACCGACUGGAGAGCAAGGGCGUCAUCAAGCGGAAUGAGCCUCAUGUUUGCAGGGUUUGUGGGAGAAAGUUUUACACUAAUGAGAAGCUUGUUAACCAUUUCAAGCAGCUACAUGAGAGCGAGCAAACGAAAAGGGUAAACCAGAUAGCGUCGGCAAGGGGGAGCCGGAGGGUGAAGUUGGUGGCAAAGUAUUCGAUGAAGAUGGAAAAAUAUAAGAAGGCUGCAAGGGAUAUUCUUACUCCAAGAGUAGGGUAUGGUUUGGCGGAUGAGCUCAAACGCGCAGGAUUUUGGGUUCAGACCGUGUUGGAUAAGCCACAGGCUGCGGAUCGUGCAUUGGAAAGUCACAUGGUUGAUAUGAUGGAUCAUAGGAGGGUUGAGUGCAUAGUACUUGUGUCUGAUGAUUAUGAUUUCGCUAAUGUAAUAAGGGAAGCGAAGCUACGAUGUCUGAAGACAGUUGUCAUUGGGGAUACUAGUGAUGGUGUAUUGAAGAGGAUUGCUGAUACGUCCUUUUCUUGGGAGGAAAUUCUAAUGGGGAAAGCUAAAAAGGAGGCUGUAUCAGUUGUUGAGAAUUGGAAGGAUCGUGAUAUUUUGAAAAGGUUAGAGUGGACAUACAAUCCAGAGGUGGAUAAAAAGAAAUACGAUCCGGCUGAUGUGGUUAUUGAAGAAUCAGAAGAUGAGAAUAUUGAAGAUAUUUGUGAUGAUGUUGAUGAUGACUAUAAGGAUGGUGGAGGUGCUUGGUGGGAGUUAGAUUCAGAUGAAAAUGUCACAAAUGAACAGACACGAAAAGUAUAGCUAGAUGAAAUUGUUAAAAUGCUAUUGGUUUGUAUUUUCGUUUUCUAUUGUCUUUCAGUUUUUCUAAUUCUGUGGAAGAGAGAUUGAAAAUAGUAAAAGUAACAAAACCAUGUUUUCCCUAUUUUCAAUUUUCAAUUAAAAUUCUGAAAAUAAGAAAUAAAACAGAAACCAGUCACACCCUUACUUGAC